GAGAUGUGUGCCAUCUCCUACGAGAUUGCGCGGCUGCACUUCGACUAUCGGCCCCUCCUCUUCGACCUCGUCCUCCGCAGGGUGCUCUGCCUGUCCAUGCUGGGGCAGACGGAGCAGGGCCUCGAGGAGGCGAGCCUGGCCGAGCAGAUCGUGCCCUUCACGGCGGUGGCCAGGGUGCUCCUGGCAGUCCUGUGCUCGAAGCUCGGCAACGACGACGACGCUUUCAUCCACCUGCAGAGGGCCAACGAGAUCGAAGAAGACUCCGCGGACUUCUUCCAGUGUGCUGUGGCGCUGCUGAGACUACACAAGGGGAAUUGUGAGCAGGCCAUCGAGAUCUGCUCCAAGGUUCUUCAGAGGAACCCGAUCGACCCCUUCGCGCUGUUGGUGCUGCCCAAUGCCUACGUUGCUUCCCUCACGCUGACUCUGCUAUUGUCGCUACUUGUGUACGCAGGGG